AUGUCUUCAGGAGAAGCAAAGUUCGUAUUCGUCACCGCGCUCAUCAUCAACUGUAUCCUCCUGGCACAAACUCGCUAUGGCGAACCCUACGAGAGCCAGUUUGCCCGCUCCCAAAACCUCCAGAUGUUGAAAAGAAGUGUCUUUUCAGAUGGUAUCUAUACUAAUAUAACAUCGACCGAAAACGUUUGUCGACCAUUGGAUUACACACAUGUAACUGAUCAGUGCACACACGUAUGGAAGGACUGCCCAGCUUCAACCACCGCAUUGUCGAUACCAUAUCUACAAAUGUAUUUCUGUGCUGAUGCCGCAACACGCCCUCUUAUCUUCACAGCUCUCCUCUUCUGGCUCUUCUUCCUUUUCUCGACCCUCGGGAUCAGUGCUUCCGACUUCUUUACCCCUAAUCUUGCGACAAUAGCUCAGCUCCUCGGUCUGGACGAGAACGUUGCAGGUGUCACUUUCCUUGCGUUUGGAAAUGGCAGUCCAGAUGUCUUCUCUACUUUCUCUGCCAUGCGUGCCAACUCCGGUAGUCUGGCUAUCGGCGAGCUGCUCGGUGCAGCAUCAUUCAUUGUCUCGUGUGUCGUCGGCUCAAUGUGCAUCAUCAAGCCAUUCAGAGUCGAUAAAGUUCCAUUCAUACGUGACGUCGGCUUUUUCACUGCUGCAGUAGGGUUAUUGCUCGUCAUUCUCUGGGAUGGACAGAUACACAGCUGGGAAGCCGGUGCACUUGUCGUUCUGUACAUUAUAUAUGCUCUCGUAGUUAUCGUGGGCAGUUGGUGGGAGCGCAGGCAAGAACGCAAACGGCGCAUAGAAGCAUUGAUACGUGCAGAGUAUGGAGAUGACGAUGAUGCUACAUUGCCAUCAUUUCAUGACGAGGAUCCCUAUAGAGAUGAACUUGGUCGGGCUCGCGCGAUCUCACAUCCAGGACCUAUGCGCCUAGGCCUUCAAACGGACCUUCCACCACGGCCACAUUCGCGAACACCAUCGCCACCACCUGCAACCCCACAUAUUACCCAAAUGCCCUCCUUCUCCCUAGUCGGCGCCCUUGAAUUCCGUCAGGUCGUUGCAUCACUUCAGAACCAAGCUUCCUCCUCUUCAUUGAGUAUAUUUGACAGUCCCAUUACACCUUACGCAGGUGGCCACUACCAUCGCCGUAGACGUUCCGGCUCCCACACCCCAACUCGAGAAAUAGACCCAUGGGACGCAGCGCUUGGUGUUCCCUUAAACGAUCGCUCGCCGCGUUUAAUGGUUAACUCUGUGCUCGCAGAAGAUGUAGAUGAUACGAAUCGCGAGCGUAACCUAGAAGAUGGUACACCAACUCCAAUGACUGCUCCCUCGGUACCAUCCAUUUCGCGCACGCCUGCCUCUCCAACGACAUCGGACGAGGGCACGGAGGUAGAGAUAUAUUCACCCCCAACUUCUCGGCAGCGCAUUUGGUGGGCCAUCUGCCGCACAUAUCAUGUCCUAUUCCCUGCGGUACAUCAUUUCCGGUCAAAGACACUCCUGGGGAAGAUAGCUGCUCUAUUUGCAGCCCCUGCAGUGCUGGUACUAACGCUGACUCUCCCCGUCGUAGUGAUGCCAUAUGACUGUUGUGGUGCGUCUGAGGAGAAGUUACAUUACCGAGGCGCCGCUGAGAGCCACUUGAUUGACUUUGAAGAGGAAGGCAUAGAGCGUGUGUUGAUCGCGGAAGAGGAAGUUAUGGAGGACAUGCACGAAAUGAAAUUUAACAAGUGGCUCACCGCUGCGCAGUGUGCAUUUGGACCAUUGUUCUGUGUCAGCGUAUUGUUCAGUGGGACGAAGCAGCUGAACUGGCUCUUAAUCGCAACCGCAAUCGGGGGAUCAGCGUUAGGCCUCCUCGUGAUUGUCCUUGCUGAUAAAGGCAAUUCUCCUCCCUCGCAAAUGGCGCGGUGUUCAAUGGGAUUCAUCGUUGCCGUUGUGUGGAUAAUGGCUAUCGCAGACGAGGUGGUCAACGUGCUUCAGGCUUUCGGUUUCAUUUUUGGAUUAUCAGAUGCCAUCAUUGGCCUGACUGUCUUCGCCGUUGGAAAUUCACUUGCUGACCUAGUUGCCAACACCAGCGUAGCUGUAUUCGCUCCCAUCAUGGGCUUCUCCGCCUGCUUUGGUGGACCAAUGCUCAACAUUCUUCUCGGUGUCGGCAUUUCUGGCUCCUAUAUCAUAAGCAAAACCGCUCAACCAUAUAGCUUGCAUUUUACACCAACGCUCUUCGUGAGUACGAUAGGGCUCCUAUUGCUCCUCGUAAUCACACUAGUAGUCGUCCCACUCAACGCAUAUUUUCUGCCUCGAAAAUGGGGUAUUUUCCUUAUUGUAUCAUACAUUAUACUUAUGGCUGUCAAUCUUUUCGUGGAGCUUAAACACUAAAUAGGAUGCAUUGUACUCAUGCUCUAUGGUCCGGACUAUAGCAUUGCUAAUUGUUGCUGCAUGUACACUGAGAUCAAUAACAUUUCUGACGGAUGUUGAAUAGAUUCAGAAAGUAACGGG